AUGAUGAACAAACAGAGUACGCUGUUUUCAGCGGCAGCAUUCCUCUGCCUCCUCCUCUGCCUAACGAAGAUCACAACAGCACAAUCCCCUGCAUCAUCCCCUGCCGCCGCACCGCCACCAGCAGCAACCCCGCCGGCGCAACUCCCAGCGUCACCUUCCCCAACCAACGUCACCAAAAUCCUCGAGAAGGCCGGCCACUUCAACACCUUCAUCCACCUCCUCCGAUCCACACAGGAAGACAGCCACCUCCUCACCCUCCUCAACAACUCCAACAACGGCGCCACCAUCUUCGCCCCCUCGGACUCCGCCUUCUCCUCUCUGAAAUCCGGCACCCUCAACUCCCUCUCCGACGAGGCCAAAUCCGAGCUCGUCAAGUUCCACGUCGUCCCCACUUUCCUCUCCUCCGCCCAAUUCCAGACCGUCAGCAAUCCGAUCGCCACGGAGGCGGGAUCCGGUGGCCGCGUGUCCUUCAAUUUGACCGCGUAUCCCGAUUCGGUCAGCAUUACCACGGGGCUCACCAACGCUAGCAUCGCCGGGAAUGUGUACGCCGACGAUCAGCUGGCGGUUUAUAAGGUGGACAAGGUGUUGCUCCCCGUGGAUAUCUUCACCGCCAAACCUCCUGCUCCUGCUCCGGCUCCAACGGCGGAGAAGCCAAAGAAGAAGAAGGGUUCCCCUGCCCCUGAAGAGGAGGCCACCCCUGUUGUUCAGGUGAACACAUCGGCUGCUGCUGAUGCAGGGAUUUCUGCCGUUUGGGUAACAGCGGCGGCCUUUGCUCUUGGUGUAGCUUUAUUUGCGCCGGCUAUUUGA